AUGCACCCUGGCGCCCCGCAGGCUCUGACAGUCAAAGAAGUUGGGGUCGAAGUCCGAGUGUUCAACACUACGCCAAUCUCCUCGCCUACAAAGAAACGGAAGGCUAAGGAGGACGACUCUCUAUCACCUAAGCGAGAAAAAACACAGAAGACAGGCAGUAAAACAUACGAAACAAGCGAUCGAGAACAGGCCAUAACUCAAAUCGCCUACUACAUGCCAAGUGUAACAGAGAGCUCCAAAGUCAAGAUUCUGUGGAAGGAGGCUGGCGGCAAUUAUCGCUCUGCGAAGCAAAUUGUGUUUGCAGAAACCCGAACGCAGACCGAAGUUGAGCACGAAGCCUUGCAACGUCACGAUGCGUUCCAGGAGCAAGCUUAUGCAGCUCGUAACCGCAUGUAUAUCACCUACAUUGCCCGGAAGAGAAUCAAGCAUUUGCUAGCCAUCAACAAACCAUCUGAAUUUCUUUUCUGCGCUAUGGAAUUCCAGCCAUUAGAUGUUCUUCGCCCAACACUCGCACGAGACAUCAAGGCACAGGAUGCGAAAGAGAUCGCAGCUUUCCUCCAACGGAGAUAUUCAAUAGCGAAUGAGUCUUUCUUGACAAAUCGGUGUCAUGCUUUCUCUUUUGUUCUUCUUUACAGUUGA